AUGGCUCAGAAAGAGGUCGUUUCCAGAAUAUCUAUCUACAGCUUCAGCAGGCGUACGACCCUUGCUCUCUAUAAGUGGCGGAGAUCUAUGGUUAUGUUGAACUUUGGAAUGUCCAUCAAAUCCGGAAGCAACGGAAUCGGCCAAAUUCUAUUGCUGGAAAACCAUAUAUACUUUAUCAUCAUCCAAAAGAAGGUGUACGAGACUACGGGCUUCCUAUUAAACAGGAAAUUCUGGAUGUACAACGACAAUCUAUACAUGGAUUCGAUAUUGAUGAGUAUCUACCAGCAAAAACUCUUCAAUUCUGCCGUACAGCAUUGCUGGGGAUUGGCUUUGACCAUGAAAAGCCACCACCACUUCAGCCAGAGGAUGAGGCAGCCCCUUUUCGUACAAUCUAUUUGGAGCUAA